AUGAACAACAGUACAGACCCCAAUGCGGGCGGUGGGGGAAAUAAUGACAACGCGGUCAACUGGGUGGCGUUGGUUGUGUCGUUGGUCGCCCUGCUCGGCACCAUCGCUCAAGUCCUCCAACAAUACUACUCCUCGGCUGCCGGGUACUCGAACUGCGGGGAGAGCGUGAUGGGCAAAUGGCACGAGAGCAAAGAACGAAAGUUUCGCCCCACCGAGCUGCGCUUCGAGGUCCGCUUCGAAACCCCCGUUUUCUUUGUCUGCCCAGCGUCGAACACCAAGGGCCCGAUCCCGAACGCGGAGAUACAGUUUGUAAAUGGCACGCCGGAGAGCCUGCGGAAGACUCGUGCGCGGCUGGCCAGCGAGGAAGCGGAGACGCUGCGCCAAAAGGUGAUGGGAAAGGCCAUACACACAGCCGACAACGAGAGGGCUUCAUGGGUCACGAUGCUGUCGCAUCUACAGAGCAUGGAGAAGGAGAGUUACGACUGGCAACAGAAGCAUUUCGAGGGCGGCCCGCCACACCCACUCGCGGGGUUCGAACAACACACCUUGGCUGUCGCACUACAAGCCAAGAAGCGUAGUUGGGACACGAUGCCGGGUGGUGUGAAGAAGCCGUACGCCACGACUACGAUGUGUCACUUGCUGGAGAUUGCCGCGAUGAUGGGCAUAUACUGGAAGGAAUUUGACCGGUCCCGAGAACGGUACCGCGCCGAAGGCAAUGGGUAUCUCCUCUCAGGAGUCCACGUCCCAGAGUUGGGCCCUACCUUCACUCUAUACCUCACCGGGCAGAGCCGAUUCCAAGAAAACCGGGUGAUUCCCGUCGAUGAGGUGAAGGAGUUGUGUUGCGGGUACGUUUCGACGUUGUUCUACAAUAGCACCAUGAAAGACAGGCGUAGGAUCGAGUUCCCUAAUGGGGAGCCUAACGACUUGCGGUUCCUUCAACUCGGGAGCAUGGACGAGAUUGCCGAGACCAUGGUGUUGAUCGAGUGCAAUACCGACACGGCCAAGUACUUUCGGUCCCCUGACGCUAAGCACACCCAUCUCUUCCCAGUGCCCUUUGAACUGAUAGGCAUGCUCGGAAAAACGCUGCACAUCCGUAACACCGCGUUUCGCAUGCUGCCGAACCCCACCCCUUACCAUUGGGACAAGAACUUUUUCAAUCUGCGGAAACUGGUCAAGGAGUACGGCAAGAAAAUCACCGACUCGGACAUUGACUUGCCGACGGAGCACGAGCAGAUUCAGCAGCUAAUUCAGGACACCGAAACUCUGGUGGACACCCUGGGCCGAGACCGGAAGUCCAACACGCCAGGCUACUCCAUGCUGUUGCUCAGCACCCUCCACGACAUGCUGGACCGAUGCGACGCGUUUCUCCGCCACAAGGACCGAAACCGCGACCUCGUCCGCAUGGUGGUGCGUGAGCACUUUCAGGAAGUCAUGAAACUCAUCAACGAUCGUAGCGACACCGACUCAGAUGAGCGCAGCGUCGGCAGCGGUGAAAAGGGGCUGCGGGCCGAACACUUUGAUGAGCUGACGGCGGCCAGCCCAGAACUGCGGCAAGAGGUGUUUAUGGAACUGUACUUUUUCAAGGUGCUCGGCCAGGUUCGGGAGCGUGCUGUCGUCUCAUACAGCCGCCAGCGGACUACGCGAUACGCCCCAUCGAUGAUGGCGCACUCCCGAGAAGGAUCCAUCAACAUCAACCUGGACGACGACGAUGACGAGCCCCCUCGUGAAUCACUGCCUUUGCACCAUGUCCAAUCUCCGACCGUGUCACUAUCGCCAACUUCCCCGUCGUCCAUGCACGCCCCAUUCCCAUCAGCACACCCGUCUUUCUUGCACCAUCAAGAAAGCAUUCCACCAUCGAUCCCGAUACUCCACGUUGAACCACCCCCCGGUCACGGCCACCACAAGCCAAUAGUCUUGGACAAGACAGCAAUGCUGGAAGCCGAAGCGUCGGCCAUCUGGUGCACGCUCGUGUUUCGGAUGCUCUGCUGGUUGCUGCUGCAUGAUUUCAACAAGAAGGAUGUGCAGGUGGCUAAGAGCGAGCUGCUCGGGAGCCGGCUACCGGUAUAUAUCACCUAG